AUGCGUAUUAUCUUUUCAAAACGUUCGACGAAUCCGAAAUAUCUCUCGACAACAACGACGAAAUCAAAUUCGAACNUUCAAUUGUCACUUAGUGAAAAGGAGCACGAUUCGAAGUUUUCUCAUCCAUGUCGAUUUUCCGAGCUGUGUCGAAAUCGUGAACCAAACUUAACACACGAGCCACAUCGAGUACCAACGUGUCAAUAUGAUGAAAAGUGUAAAAAUCUCGCUGACCCGUUCCAUCGAGCGAGCUAUCGUCAUACAGGUUAUCCUGAUUAUCUUUUACCUUGUCGUCAUCAACAGAAAUGUGAAGAUACAUCGGAACAUCAUCGAAUAAAGUAUUCUCAUGGAGAAAGAGUUUUUCUGGCCAAGGAAGCAUCAGCAUUACACGAAUCCAGUGAUAGUUGUGAUAAUGAAGAUCUAAUUCCUUGCAAAUGGGGCACUAAAUGCCGAGAUAUCGGAGAUGAACGGCACUGUUCAAAAUAUUCUCAUCCUGCUGUACACAAACAUGCUGAUCACCAAACUCCUUGCAAAUGGGGUACAAAAUGUCGAGACACCGGAAAUCGUCAACAUUGUGAAAGAUUUUCUCAUUCUGCAAUGGACAAAGCUGCUGACCAUCGAACUCCUUGCAAAUGGGGUGCUAAAUGUCGAGACAUUGGAAAUCAUCAACAUUGUGAAAGAUUCUCUCAUCCUGACAUGGAAUCAUGCCUUUUAGAAGGAUCAUCAAGUGAAACAGAAAGUGACUGA